AAAACUCUUGUUCUCUUUUUUGAUUGUAUAGUUUAGAGAUCUUUGGUAGGUGCUGUGGGGGUGACUUGUGCCCUGUGUACUGUUGCCAUGGGAAAAGCUUAGGGAACCGUGUGGGUCUUCAUGGAAGCAGCCAUUUGAGUCUCGGUGAAGCCUCUUCUUUGCUUUCAAGUCACAAAGCUGUCACCUUUUCCACUUUCAAGAUCUGGUCUUGCUCCUCACUCUCUCUCUCGCGCGCUGUUUCUUCUUUUUCUUAGAUCCUAGAUGCUUAACAAAUCAGCAGCUUCUGUUUAAUGUUAAUCUAGUCUAAAAGUAGCAUUUUGAUGUUUUCUGCAGAUGAAUUCAAGCUAAAGUUUCCAUCUUGAUAAUUGUUGAGCUGUGAUUUGGGUUUUUGGUUUUCCAAUUCAGAGAGAAAACCAUGAUGAGAGGUUUUGUUAGCACUCUUGUUGUUGUUGUUGCUCUCUUUUGCUUAAGCUUUCAUGUUUUAGGGCAAACAGACUCUGGUGAUGUUGCAAUCCUUGAGGAAUUCCACAAAGGAUUGGAAAAUUCUGAGCUUUUGAAAUGGCCUUUGAAUACUGAUAAAGAUCCUUGUGGCUCUAAAUGGCCUCAUGUUUUCUGUGAGGAUUCAAGGGUCACUCAGAUCCAGGUCCAAGGCAUGGGUCUCAGUGGUCCUUUGCCUCAAAACUUCAAUCAGCUCUCCAUGCUCAGCAAUAUUGGCCUUCAGAGGAACAAUUUCUCUGGAAAGUUGCCAUCUUUCAAUGGUUUAUCCAAUCUUAAGUUUGCAUACUUGGGCAGCAAUCAGUUUGAUACCAUUCCUUCAGAUUUUUUUGUUGGUCUCACUAGUUUGCAGGUUCUGUCAUUGGAUCAAAACCCUUUGAAUGAGAGCACUGGUUGGAGAUUGCCUUUGGAGUUUGAGAAUUCAGCUCAGCUCAUGAAUCUGUCUCUCAUUGGCUGUAAUCUUGUCGGCCCGAUACCGGAAUUCUUGGGAAGAAUGUCUUCUUUGACUGUUCUUAAGCUGUCUUAUAAUAGUCUCACUGGGGAGAUUCCGGCCAGCCUCUCCGGUUCGGCAUUGCAGAUUCUAUGGCUCAACAAUCAGAAAGGAACCGGCUUGGCUGGUUCUAUAGAUGCCAUCACUUCAAUGGUGUCUCUCACCGAUGUUUGGCUACAUGGCAAUUCAUUUACCGGCAUGAUCCCUGAUUCGAUCGGUGCUCUUUCCUCAUUGCAACGUCUCUGGCUCAAUAACAACAAUUUGGUUGGUCUAGUGCCCGAGAACCUUACUGCCUUGCCUCAGCUUCAGAACCUUCAGUUGCAGAACAACAAGCUAAUGGGUCCGAUCCCAGACUUUAGUUUUCCCAAUUUUACUUAUGGCUCUAACUCAUUCUGUCAAUCGAAACCAGGUGUUCCUUGCUCUCCAGAGGUCACUGCGCUUCUGGAUUUCUUAGCUGAUCUCAACUACCCACUGGUUCUCGCUGACACGUGGUCUGGUAAUGAUCCUUGUUCAUUUUGGCGUGGAGUAUCUUGUCUCAAUAACAAGGUUUCAGUUAUAAAUUUGCCGAACCUCCAGUUGAAUGGGACGAUUAGCCCUUCCAUUGGAAAGUUGGACACUCUUGCUGAUAUCAGACUAGGAGGAAACAAUCUCACUGGUCAAAUUCCUCAGAACUUGACAAACCUGAAAUCUUUGAAAAUGCUUGAUGUUUCAUCGAACAAUCUUGCUCCUCCUCUGCCAAAAUUCAAUGGUGUUAAACUGAAUAUUGAUGGGAAUCCAUUGCUAAACUCUUCAACACCAGACCAAACUCCCGCGCCACCGCCACCACCAGAUGGAGAUCCAACGCCAUCAACUCCCAGUGUUCCAUCUUCUCCAAAUGAGCACCAUGGUAACAACUCUAAUAAUACAAACUCAACAACACCUUCGAAUGGUUCCAAGAAAAAUGUUGUGAUAUAUAUUGUUCCGGUUGCUGUUGUGGUUUUGAUAAUAUUGCCUGUCAGCAUGUUUUUAUAUUUUUGCCGAAGGAGGGCGAAUGCGGCCGCCUUUUCUGCACCUAGUUCCAUUGUUGUCCAUCCGAGGGAUCCAUCCGAUCCGGACAACAUGGUUAAAAUUGCUGUCGCGAGCAAUAUUGGCACUACUAGUGUGGGAACCAGUGAUCUUCAGAGCAGUGUGAAUAGUGGCAUGACUGAAGCGCAUGUGAUUGAGUCAGGGAAUUUGGUUGUAUCGGUUCAGAUUCUUCGUGGUGUCACUCGAAGUUUCUCUCCAGAGAAUGAGCUUGGACGGGGUGGAUUCGGUGUGGUUUAUAAAGGUGAGUUGCAUGAUGGAACAAUGAUAGCAGUAAAGAGGAUGGAGUCCGCGGUGAUUAGUAGCAAGGCUCUCGAUGAAUUCCAAUCUGAAAUUGCAGUUCUUUCAAAGGUUCGGCACAGGAACUUGGUGUCUCUACUAGGUUACUCUGUGGAAGGGAAUGAAAGGCUUCUAGUUUAUGAGUACAUGCCGCAAGGUGCUCUGAGCAAGCAUUUGUUCCAGUGGGAACAGCUCAAGAUGGAGCCUUUGUCGUGGAAAAAGAGGUUGAACAUCGCAUUGGAUGUCGCCCGUGCAAUGGAAUAUCUUCACAAUUUGGCUCAUCAGUGUUUUAUCCAUCGAGACCUGAAAUCUUCAAAUAUUCUCCUUGGUGAUGAUUACCGAGCCAAAGUUUCUGACUUUGGACUUGUGAAACUUGCACCAGAUGGGAAAAACUCGGUUGUGACUAGACUUGCUGGGACAUUUGGGUAUCUAGCACCAGAAUACGCCGUGACUGGGAAAAUCACAACAAAGGCAGAUGUCUUCAGUUUUGGAGUAGUGUUGAUGGAGUUAGUGACCGGGUUGAUAGCCCUUGAUGAGAACCGUCCUGAGGAGAAACGGUACCUCGCCUCAUGGUUCUGUCAAAUUAAGUCAAACCCGCAUGAGCUCAGGGAUGGCAUCGACAAGGCACUGGAUGUAACAGAUGAAACAUUUGAAAGCAUAUCCACUAUAGCUGAGCUUGCAGGGCAUUGUGCAGCAAGGGAGCCUCACCAAAGACCCGACAUGGGCCAUGCUGUGAAUGUCCUAGCCCCAUUGGUUGAGAAAUGGAAGCCGAUGAAGGAUGAUCAGGAGGAGUAUUUGGGAAUUGAUCUUCGCCAACCUCUUCUUCAAAUGGUUAAAGGGUGGCAGGACGCCGAUAGCACCAAUGUCAGUUCGAUCAGCUACAAUGACAGCAAGGGAAGUAUCCCGUCACGGCCCGAUGGAUUUGCAGAAUCCUUCACUUCAGCUGAUGGACGGUGAACUUGUUCGGUACUCGUACAUUUCAGUGCGUAAUUUUAUUUAGCCAGUUCUAUUUCGAUGUAGAUAGGUAGUUCCGAAGGGAGUUGUCCAUCUUGUUUGCAUUUAUUUAUUUUGUGAGUUUGGUUGUGCAGAGGUUUUGUAUGAGAGAACUUUGUCCACUUAAUUUCUUUGUAAGGUCAUGUAGAUAGAUCAAAACUCAAUAAACUUAAUUGUUGUUCUCUUGAUUUGCCAA